UUGUUUUGAUUAAAAGUAAAACUUCAUAUUUUCAUCAAUAUAGGAGAUUAGGAGUUACAAUCUAGUCUCAUAAAAAAGAAAAACACUUUAUUUAUCAAUUUAAUCUAUUUUAUUUAUUUAUUGUAACAAAUCUUCCCGCCAAAAAGCCUCUACAUGUAAACCCCAUUCUCCAUCACGUCGAAUCACCAUCAAGUAUCAUCAACAACCUCCUACCACCACCACCACCACCACCAGAUUCACAGACUGCUCGUCAAUGGCGGUGAAACAGACGGCAAUUCUCGCAGCAGCUUCCCUACUAAUCAUAUUCCAUCUCACCUCCGCGCUCCCAACGGAAACUAUCACUAACGCUGCGGACACUCUCUCUAAUUCCGGCUAUGUCGCAAUGUCCUUAACGCUAAAUCUCGUCUCCGACGUUUUGCUUUCUUACCGUAACUCCGCCACCAUCUUCACUCCACCGGACUCUGCCUUCGCUGACUACGGCCAACCAUCUCUCGCCACCCUCCAAUUCCACUUCUCCCCGUUAGCAUUCUCACUCUCAAGCAUCCGUUCCCUCCCAUACGGCACCAAAAUCCCCACCAUGUCCUCCGCCACCUUUCUAACAGUCACUACAUCUCAAUACUCCGAUCAGGUUUCACUAAACAACGUCAAAAUCGUUGGAUCUCCGAUUUUUGACGAUGGAUCGUUAAUCGUCUUCGCUAUCGACAACUUUUUCGAUCCAAACUUCACUAUUCCAGAUCCUCCGGUGCAAAGCGUUAGGCUAGAUCAUUGUACGGCGUCGUUCGGAGGUUACAGUAAUUUCUCCUUCCACGAUGGUGCUAACCUGUUGAUAUCUAGAGGAUACUCUGUAAUGGCGUCGUUUCUCAAUCUACAACUCCUAGGGUUUCUAGGUCAAGCUACACUGACUAUUUUUGCUCCUAUUGAUGAAGUGAUGGUUGAUUAUUCCGGUCGGUUUCCUGAUUAUCCAUCUCUGUUUCUCCGACAUGUUUUGCCUUGUAAGAUUUCGUGGAGAGAUCUCAUUAGCGUCGAGGAUGGAACAAGUUUGGAUACCUAUUUGGACGGAUUCAAAAUCACAAUUCAUAGAUCUGGAGGCACGUUUAAGGUGAACGAAGCUUCAAUUACUUUCCCGGACAUGUACUACGGUGAUUCGUUUGUGGUUCAUGGAAUUCGCGAGGUUCUUGCUCUACCAAAGCCAGCAGAGGAAUCAGGUGAUGGCGACGGAUUUGAUGAUAUUCCUAUUGGUACUGUACUGGUUGCUACUGUUCCAGAUCGAUCUGAGUUUUAAUGGAAUCAGCUUGUUGGGAAAUUGAUUCAGGUAACACUUGUAGAUUCAUUUUAUUUGAUCGUGAUCUUGUUUUAAGAAUUUCACUUUGCAUUGUUGUACGAUUGCAAUUUGUCUUCCAAUAACAAAAACUGAGUAAUCCACUUGUGAUCUUGUUUC